UACAUUACUUGUGUUUAUCCUUGUUACAGCGAUAGUCGAAAUAUCGUCGGUUCUUUUAAGAAUUCAGCAUUUCUUUGUAAAUUAUUUUUAUCGGGAUGAUACGCGAGUGGAACAUGUUAACAGUUGCCUCUUUUUCAAUGCGAUUGGAUUUAUGAGGAUUCACAAGACCUAAACGGCCAUCGUGGUGGAUAUCAAACAGCAGGAGACUGGUAGAAUGGCAGAAAAUGAGAGGCAAAUUAGAGAAGCCGCUGAAACUUUGUUGACCGGAUCUAUAAACUCACAGAGGAGUUCUUACACUCAACAGAGUGUAACGUUGAACACGGAUAUCAUUUCGAACGAGAAUAUUAUCGCGGGUGCCAUGCAGAACUGGAGGAUGUCUGCUGUCAGACGUUUCUUCUGCCUCUUCGUCACUUUUGAUCUUCUGCUCACAUUUCUCAUGUGGCUCAUUUGCACGAUGAUUGCCGGCGAGAGUGUGGAGUUUGCCUUCAUGACUCAAGUGGUCCACUAUAAUAUUAAAACAUCGCUGUUCGACAUAGUGAUAGCAGCGAUAUUAAGGUUUUCGAUCAUAUUGCUCUUCUACGCGUGUCUUCAUUUGGACCAUUGGUUCUUCGUAGCCAUGACAACUGCCUCGACGUGUGCUUUUUUAAUUACCAAAGUAUUUCUUUUCGAUUGGACGACGUGCAAUCAACCAGUAUUUCAAGUUCUUCUCAUUCUCUCAUCUUUUGUAUUGUCUUGGGUGGAAGCUUGGUUCUUUGAUAUUCGUGUGUUACCUCAAGAAAUAGAAGCUAGAACCUGGUUAAGAACUUUCAUAGAAAAUGAAAGGGAACCACUUCUCCGAGGCAAUCCGUCGGAUUUGCGCCAAUACACUAGCACCGACCCUAAUGCUACAUUUUUCACACCUAUGGAUUCUCAGGAUCACUCUGAUAAUGAAGAUGAAAAUUAUCGAAGACAAAGUUGUGCCAGGGGUUCAACGAAAGCAAACGAAAUAUUUCCGCCAAAGCCUUUAGAGAAAUUCACGCCAGAGAUGAUAGAGGAUUAUAAAAGACAAGCGAAUGCGUUAGUGCAAAAUUGCCAUGCUUUAUUGCAAUCUAAAGACUGGCAAAUUGAAAAUAUAAUGCCGAACGGUGAUAUUAUCUUUUACGUGGACCGUCCUAAACCAGAAGGAAGGGUUUUAAAAAUAGUAGGAACUGUUCAUGCCCAACCUAGUUCACUUAUUGAUAAAUUAUUCGAUGAAGUAGAAUUAUUACCAUCAUGGAAUAAGCUAGUUUCAGAAUCCAAAAUAUUACAGUACAUUGACGAGAAUACGGAUAUUGUUUACCAAGCUACAAAUCCUCACGGUGGCGGUAUGAUUGGGGCCCGAGAUUUUAUUAUUUUGAGACAUCGUAUUCGGUACAGUAACUAUUAUCUUACUUGCGGUACGUCAGUGCCUUUACUAUCGAUACCUAAUCGCAGUAACGUUGUCAGGGCUGAAAACAAUAUAAGCUGUUGGGCAGCAGAACCUUUACCUAACGAAGAGAAUAAAUCCCGAGUCACGUGGAUUAUUAAUACGAAUUUAAAGGGCUGGAUUCCACAAAAAUUCGUAGAUAAAUCAAUGAAUAGUGCAUUGACAGAAGUCAUAUCUUCAUUAAGGAAAUAUUUAGAAGAGCCACAAAUGUCGUCCGAUUAGUGCAAUAUUUGUUUCGAUAAUCGAUCAAAGAACCGCGGUCUUUCAUAAUCAUCCCUACUGUGCAUGUUUCAUCGAAAGAAUUUCGAUUUUUUUAAUGGCAUUUCUGAUGUUCUGAGAACAACGUAUUUCCUGAUCAGAUCAAAUAUGGUGUCCCCGCAAUGUUUUCCAUGUGUUAUGUACAUCAUAUUAGUGUAAACAAAAUGACAAAUGUAGAAAGAGUCUGUGAAUGUUUUUUGUUGGAGAGCCGACAGACUGACAGAAGAAUGGUAAAAGACUUUUUUUACACGCUUAGUAUUUCGUAAGCAAGAAUUAAAGGAAAGAGAUGCGUGCUAUGUAUAAAAUAUGUAAAAAAAAUUUCACGAAUUAUUUUCGAUAUAGUUAUAAUUUACAUUAAU